AUGAAAUCUUUACUUUUUAUUUUUUCUUUAAUUUUUAUAUUAUUAAUAAUAUCAACUAAAAAAUCAAAUGGUCAAAGUUUAUAUAGUUUUGAUUUUUCAUCUGCUCGUGUUACUAUAAGUGGUCAACCACAUUUUAAAGUUGAUUAUUAUCCAGGAAGUACAAAUACAAAUUAUAAAGGUGAUUUUUAUCCAGAUUUAGAGACAAAUACAAAUGUAAAGAAAUAUUCAUUUACUGGUAAUUCAACACUUAGUUCAACCACAAAUUAUAGAACAACAGGAUUUCUUACACCAGCUAUAGAUAGAAUAGAUAAUCCAAUUUCAACAAUGAUUACAGAUAUAAAUAGUGUUUUAAUUGUACCAGCUGGUAUUACAAUUACAGUUAAUUCAUCAAAUUCAAUUCCAACAUUAUUGGUUAAAGGUAGAUUAAUUUUAAAUCCAACAUUUAAUUCAAAGUUGGUUUGUCAAAAAGUUAUUAUUUUCCCAGGUGGUGUUGUUGAAUCAAUUCCAGCAUCAACUUCAAAUCAUUCAAUUGUAAUCAAUGGUUUUGAUCCAACCGAUUAUCCAAGUUGGGAUCCAUUAAAAACAUCAUCAUUUAUUUCAUUGGGUGGUAGUGUAACAUUACGUGGUUUCGAUACAAGUUCAAUGUGGACUGGUGUAAAUAACUCUUUCACUUCAUAUGGUGGUACAUUUUUAAAAUCAUUCUCUUAUCCAACUUCAAAUCAACCAGUAUAUAAAUUGGUUAGUCCACUCUUACAAACUGCUGUAAAUUUCAAUCCAAAUUAUACACUUAGUAACUAUUACACUGGUCUUUCUGGUGCAUCUGGUAUUUAUCAUUCAAGAGAUGGUACAAAUUAUGGUGGUGCAGGUUAUAUCUUAAUGCGUCCAUUUUUAAAGAAUUUAUUUGUUAGUGGUGUUUUUAGUAGUUCAAUGGUUUUCACACUUGAUUCUUCAGUUAAUAUUGAAAAUUCAGUAUUCUCUGAUAUUGGUCAUACAACAUCAUCACCAUUGGAUGAUUAUACAUUAGAUUCAACCUAUACAAUCACUCAUGUUGGUACAAAUCCAUCAGAUAGAUAUCCAAUUACAAUUUUACAUAACAAACUUGCUGUUAAUAUUCAAAAUAAUAUGUUUAUACCAUUAAAUGAUUAUACCAAUCAGCAAAGUUUAACACCAAGAGCUUAUAUUGGAAUUAAACGUUCAUUUGGUACCAUAAGUGGUAAUGCUUUCGUAUUAAGUUAUGGUAUUAGUGGUAUUAGUUUAUUAUAUGGUACUGAACAAUUUACAAUUAGUUUCAAUGCAUUUAUCUCUGUUUAUACUGAUAAGAGUACACCAUCAUCAAGAUCAUAUCCAGAUAUUGAUUAUAUUAAUGGUGGUAUCAUUACAACUACACCCUAUUCAACCUAUGAAGGUAAUGCAUUUGAAGGUAAAUUUAAAGGUGGUGCAUUCCAAGUUAUUCCAAUUCAAUCAAGAUCAUCAAUCGCUGGCUUAACCUCUGAUAUCCUUUUAGGAACUUAUUCUGGUCUUACUCAAGAUAAUACACAAGAUUAUAAAUCAAAUAAUCUUUGGAAUAGUGUUGUUUUUAAAAAUCAUUUCCUCGCUGGUGAAGCUGAAUUCCGUGUUUCCUAUACAUCUCAACCACCAAUUAAAAUUAACUUUUUAGGUGGUUGGUUCAUUGGUCAAAGAGCAUCAACAACUCUUGGUUCAACUACUCCAAAUAUUGAACUCUUUUAUGAUUCACCAUACAUUGCCAAUACUUUAUCCAUCAAUGAUAAAGUAUAUAUUUUCGAGACUGAUACACACACUGGUACCUAUAAUUCAGUAUCAAUAAAGAAUGCAAUUUCAAUAUCGAAUUAUAAAUUCUUUGCACAAUCAUUGAAAUGUAAAUAUAUUUCAAUUGUUGAUUCUAAAUUUUCACAUUUUUCAAAUACCUCUGAUUUCUUAAAGAAAUAUACAAAUCAACUUUAUCUUUCAAAUGUAAAUGGUACUAAAACCAAUUUGGAUAAUACAAUUUCAUACUUUUUCCCAUUGUAUAACUUUGGUGCAUCAAUUUUAUCAGCAAAUCAAAUUAAUUUCUCAUUUAUUCCAAACUUUGAUUACCUUGAUAGUAAUGGUCAAAGUAUGAGUUAUAUUGUUAAUGAUGUUUAUCAAACUACAGUUCCACACUUAAUCCUAUCUCCAUCUCAAUAUACUAUAAAUGAAACUUUUACAUCAAAUGUUGUUACUCUUCCAUCAUCAAAUGGAAAAUAUACCGUUAUGGUCUCUGCUAAAUCCUAUAACGCACUUCUAUCUCCAUCCUAUAGUGAAGCUGGUUCAUACUAUGCAAAUACCUAUAUUGCAGAUUCAGUUUGUAAUUCAUUUUAUCUUGGUAUUGAUUUAACACCAGAUGUUGAAGCAACUCGUCGUGCAUUAUCAAUCUUUGGUAACUCUUGGACUAAAUGUGGUUGGGUUAAUAGUUUAGGUAAAUGUACUACCACUGGUUUAUUCUCAAAGAUUACAACAACAACUCCAUCAUCUAUAACCGAUGGUACCACUCCAGUAACAUCCACUGAUUCAAUCAGUAUGUUAACUACAUACCUUAGUAAUGAUGUUAUUAAUAGUAUUCCAAGUACUAUUAAUAUCACGUUACCAGGAAAUUCACAAUACAAAUUCUAUUUAUACACUUAUAAUCCUUCAUUUACUGGUAAUUCCAUUUUUACUUCACUUCCAUUAUACACAAUUAAAGUCGAUGGUGCCUAUCAAGAACCAUUCACAAGAACUACUCCUCAAUACCAAUACUAUCAAAAAUUAGGUCCAUUCUUUUGGAAUAAUGAUCAAUCAACUGAUAAAGUUUUAAAUAUUCAAUGGGCUUCAGAUAAUUCAAAAUUUGCUAUCCCAAUCUCUGGCAUAGAAAUUUAUUCAUCAAUAACAACUCCUUUUGCCAUCCCAAUUGAUCCAUAA